CUUACUUAAGGCCACAUCAGCUGUUCUGCUUGUUUAUGAGAACAAUAAAAUAUUGCAUUUGUUAUUGUUGUAAAGACACAAAUUUAUAAAAGUAAGAUACAACAAAUUCAAAUUGUGUGCGAAACCUAACGGAUACCAGGUUGCCUUGGCAACCCGGCGACCAAAACAACGAACGCAGUCGGGAAACAAAAAUCUUUCUUACCAGCAACCAAAGGUGUUCUCCUAUAAGGCAAAAAAUGUUUAUACUAGACAGAAUCUUGCCCUUUAUAGUUAGCUAUAUAAGGCCGUUUAUCAAGUGGUUCCUCCACGCAUUCACCCGGCUGUCCGAGCUGCAAAGGAUCUGCUAUGGCGCUCGGGCUGGUGCCAGUCGGACGAGUCAAGUCGAGAGAUCUCUGACGUUGUCCAAGACGCCGCAAAUAAGGCGCCUAGUUCUUGACCUUGAUGAGGCGGCGCCGUAUGUGGACAACAGGGAGCUGCUGGAAUUCGCACCCCGCGCCGCUCGUGUUGUGAUGCAAUCCAAGCGCAUUAAGAGCAAUGUGCAUCCGGACUUUGCCCGGCUCUUUGGGACCUGCGUGACCAGCAUCUGGGGUUACCGCCGGCUGAUGCAUCAGGUAGAGCAGAUGCGAGCGGAACGGUACGACUCCGAUAACCUCGAACACGAGCAGAAGCUGUUGCGAUUGUGGCAACUCCUUAUGCCAGAGGCUCCACUUACGGGACGGGUUAGCAAACAGUGGCAGGACAUCGGCUUUCAGGGUGACGAUCCCAAGACGGAUUUUCGUGGAAUGGGCAUGCUUGGUUUGGAGAAUUUGCUCUACUUUGCCACCGAAUACAAUGAUGCCGCUAAACAUGUGCUCCUGCAUUCCAUGCAUCCCACUUUGGGCUACACCUACGCUAUCGUGGGCAUUAAUCUCACUUCGAUGGCUUUCAAUCUAGUUAAAACGGGAGCCGCUAAGACGCACUUCUACAAUCUGGUGGUCCAGCACAAGCAGGACUUUAGCACAGUGGAGGAUUUCCACAAGUUAUACUGCUAUCUAUUCUUUGAGUUUGAUCGAUUCUGGAAGGACAGUGAUCCACGCAAUGUUAUGGACUUUCGCGAGAUAUAUCAGGCCUUUGAAAUCACCAAACUGGAGGCCUUACACAAUGAUAGCACUAUUUUUAAAACAAAUUUGGUUGUAGAAUCCGUUUAACACACUUUCGCUGUCCCUAUAGUCCAAACAUUAAAAAAAACGUAAACGCUAUCUAAAUUGUUUCCAGUCUAGUAUUUGUUUUUAAUAAUAAACGAUAUAUUUUGAUUUUUA